AUGGGAUUUUCUGGUCUGGUGGCCUUUUUUCUUAUCCGUGUGUCAAAGGUUGUGUCUCCUGUCAAAAUGACAUUUGAAAUAUACGUGACAUGUGUGGUUCCUAUAAGUGCCUUCUUUGCAUCAAGUCUAUGGUUUGGCAACACUGCUUAUUUGUUUAUUUCUGUCGCCUUCAUCCAGAUGCUCAAAGCUCUAAUGCCUGUGGCGACGUUUGCCGUGGCUGUUAUCUGUGGCACUGAAAAAUUAAGAUGCGACUUAUUCUUGAACAUGGUGUUGGUCAGUGUUGGAGUUGUCGUUUCCUCAUACGGUGAAAUUCACUUCAAUAUAGUGGGGACAGUUUAUCAGGUUACAGGGAUAUUUGCCGAAGCUCUUAGGCUGGUCUUAACUCAAGUUCUUCUCCAAAAAAAGGGCCUUACACUGAAUCCUAUUACCAGCUUAUAUUACAUCGCACCGUGCAGCUUUGUGUUUCUCUUUGUUCCUUGGUAUCUUUUGGAGAAGCCUGGAAUGGAAGUUUCACAGAUCCAGUUCAAUCUUUGGAUAUUUUUCUCUAAUGCUCUUUGUGCUCUGGCGUUGAAUUUCUCAAUUUUCUUAGUAAUUGGUAGAACCGGUGCAGUGACUGUUCGAGUUGCUGGUGUCUUGAAAGACUGGAUAUUGAUUGCCCUUUCAAGUAUGAUAUUUCCAGAGUCAACAAUUACCACUCUUAACAUUGUUGGCUAUGCAAUUGCUUUAUGCGGUGUGGUCAUGUACAAUUACUUGAAGGUCAAGGAUGUUCGUGCAGCCCAACUUCCUGUUGAAAGUAUCGCAGAAAGAGCAUCAAAGGACCUGAAGAUGGAAAGGAAGUCAUCAGAUAUAUAUGUACCUGAGAACAAUAAUACCCAUAGCAGUGGAGGAAAGAAUGGUUCUGCUUAUGAUCUAAAUAUGGAUGAAGAAGCACCUUUAAUUCCUUCCUCAAGGGACCUGAAGAUGGAAAGGAAGUCAUCAGAUAUAUAUGUACCUGAGAACAAUAAUACCCAUAGCAGUGGAGGAAAGAAUGGUUCUGCUUAUGAUCUAAAUAUGGAUGAAGAAGCACCUUUAAUUCCUUCCUCAAGGGUCUCUCAUCUUGGGCGAAGUCAACUUAGCCACACCGCAUGA